GAUUCAAUAACAUACUUGGUAAAUGCUCGGUCAUCCUUUUGUCUCUCUUAGCUGCAAAGGGUUAUCACAUAUGUAUAUUCGAAAUAACUCCAAUAUUACAAUCACCGUAUAACUUGAUUUAUGCUGGUACUUUCAAUGUCUUAUUCGGAACUCUAAUGCAAUCCUACUAUAAGACGGUAUUCACGAACAAAGACCAUUCAGCACCACCACCUGAGGAAAUACUAUUCAAUGGGAAGUACAGAGCUUGUCAAUCUGAUGGAACAAUACGCCGCUGCUAUCGGGACAACUGCAAUGGUAAACUCAAACAGCCUAGAUCACGUCACUGCGGCGAUUGCCAAGUUGACAGAAUUGAUUUCGACCAUCACUGUCCCUGGUUUGAUAGCUGUGUAUCAAGCAGCACGAUACUAUCUUUCCUUAGAGCAUGUAUAUUCAUGCCACUCACCACUUUAUGCGGAUCAAUACCAAUUCUUCGACAAUUAAUUGCGAAUUUCAAACAUGUAAGAUUAUUCUCCAGAUCUGACGAAUGGAUAGGAAAUGUAUUCUGGGAUAGAUGGUAUUCCUACCCUCCUGGUCCAAUAGGUUCGCGUUUUAUACGUUACGUGCUAGGUUAUUGGAAGUAUGGUAGCUCAGGAUCGAAUAGACGUAUAUUAGAUGUGAGAUUCGAUGUCACACUUGUCGCAUUCCUCGCUGUUAUUGUUAGUAUAGUCGCAAUCGCUUUAUUCAGGACGGUUUUGAAGGGUGUUUUAUCCGCUCAUUCAAGUAUUGACAUAGAAAGGCAGAAAUCGCAUAAGAAGAUUUCCGAGAAACUCAAAAAGGAUCCAGAAAAUUCGUCACUCUUGCGAUCCCUUAAGACACUCGAACCAAAUGAGUAUUUCAAAGUAGAAGACAGAGUGUUUAAAGUUGACCUCAAGGUUUAUGAUCUUGGCUGGUAUAGGAAUUACAGGAGAGCUUUCUAUGGAGAAUACAGAAGCACGCUUAAUGAAGAUGUAAUAGCGGAUGCUUUAUCAAAGAGUGAUAAUAAAUUAGAAUAGAAAUGUAUUAUCACAUUAGCAAUAUGUAUUCUUAUCUAUAAGUACCACCUAUUAAGAUCUUUCAUGUCAGAUUGUAUUUUAAACUACUGCAAUAACAAC